AUGUCGCCAUUGUGUCAGGAUGACCUCAGCGUCCUCCCUAUAGCCAGACAACUGACGACUUCUCUUUUUUUUUUCCUUUGCUGGUUUUAUAACAUUUGUUUUUUCUUUUUUUUCCUUGUUUUUACGCUUCCGUCUUACUUUUUUCUUUUUAUCCCCUUAUUGAUAUUCUUUCUUUCUUUCUUUUUUCAUAAAUACUUAUUUUCACUUUUUCCUUUUUUUUUCUUAAUCCUCCUUUUCCAUGACAUUCAUUAUUUUUUUCUUUCACGUUUACCUGUUAACUUUUUUAUUUCUUAUUAUUUCCUUGGUAGUAACUUUUCUUUCUUUUUUUUCCCAUAUUUACUUGUUUUCUAUUUAUCGUUCACAUUACUGAAUUUUCUUUUAUUUUCCUGUUUUCGUUUUCUUUCAAAUUUGAUUUGCUUUCUUUUAUUUUUCUUCUUCUCAAAUUUACCUUUAUUUAUUUUAUUGUUUUCUUUCUUUUUUCACAUUUACUGGUUUUCUUUUCACAUUUACCUGCUACUUUUUUAUCUACAUGUUUUUUUCGAAUUUUCAUUCUUUUUCCCUUCGUGUCUUUCGAAUUUUCAUUCUUUUUCCCUUCGUGUCUUUCGAAUUUUCAUUCUUUUUCCUUCGUGUCUUUCGAAUUUUCAUUCUUUUUUCCCUUCGUGUCUUUCGAAUUUUCAUUCUUUUUCCCUUCGUGUCUUUCGAAUUUUCAUUCUUUUUCCCUUCGUGUCUUUCGAAUUUUCAUUCUUUUUCCCUUCGUGUCUUUCGAAUUUUCAUUCUUUUUCGUGUCUUUCGAAUUUUCAUUCUUUUUCCCUUCGUGUCUUUCGAAUUUUCAUUCUUUUUCCCUUCGUGUCUUUCGAAUUUUCAUUCUUUUUCCCUUCGUGUCUUUCGAAUUUUCAUUCUUUUUCCCUUCGUGUCUUUCGAAUUUUCAUUCUUUUUUUCGUGUCUUUCGAAUUUUCAUUCUUUUUUCCCUUCGUGUCUUUCGAAUUUUCAUUCUUUUCCCUUCGUGUCUUUCGAAUUUUUUCCCUUCGUGUCUUUCGAAUUUUCAUUCUUUUUCCCUUCGUGUCUUUCGAAUUUUCAUUCUUUUUCCCUUCGUGUCUUUCGAAUUUUCAUUCUUUUUCCCUUCGUGUCUUUUCGAAUUUUUUUUUUUUUUUCCUUCGUGUCUUUCAAUUUUCAUUCUUUUUUCCCUUCGUGUCUUUCGAAUUUUCAUUCUUUUUCCCUUCGUGUCUUUCGAAUUUUCAUUCUUUUUCCCUUCGUGUCUUUCAAUUUUCAUUCUUUUUUCCCUUCGUGUCUUUCGAAUUUUCAUUCUUUUUCCCUUCGUGUCUUUCGAAUUUUCAUUCUUUUUCCCUUCGUGUCUUUCGAAUUUUCAUUCUUUUUCCCUUCGUGUCUUUCGAAUUUGCGCGUGUUUCUUUUGUAAUUGUCUUAAUUUCAUUCUUUCAAAUUUCACUGACUUCCCGCCUGUCUCUCUCUCUCUCUCUCACACUUAGCCCUCUCUCUUCCCUUCCCUCUUCCCCUCUCUUCCUUCCCCUUUUCUCUUCCUCCCCUUUCUCUCUUCCCUCCCCUUUCUCUCUUCCUCCCCCUUUCUCUCUUCCUCCCCCUUUCUCUCUUCCCUCCCCUUUCUCUCUUCCCUCCCCUUUUUCUCUUCUCUUCCUUCCCUCCCCCUCUCUUCCCUUCCCUCCCCUCUCUUCCCUUCCUCCCCUCUCUUCCUUCCUCCCCUCUCUUUCUCUCUUUCCCAGUAAAUUCACAUAG